AUGCCGCACCGAUAUUGUUAUCUAAAGGGCAUUCGACGCAAUCAGCAAGGUCACGAGUUAACGGAAGGUUCUCAUUCUAAAGUUUGGUCUGCUAGAUCUAAAAUUCCUAUGGAAGAAUACAAAUAUUUUGUAGAUUUAUUAGUAGAUACCAUCAGGAAUGAGAUCGCAUCUUGUGAAGAAAAAGCUUAUGCUUCUUUACCAUUAAGUGAUGCAGUUGGAGAAGUAAUUGAGUUUGCUCAAAAACGUAAUUGGCAAAUCGAUCCGAUUUCAAAAAGUAUCAUUUUUCCUGAACUGGGUGGGAUUCGACAUGAAUUAGCUAAAGAAAAAGUCAUUGAAGCUACUUUGGGUUAUGCAAAAGAAUUAGAAACGAUUGUUUAG